AUGUCACGUAAUUCAAAACAUCAGGAGCAGCGUCAGGCGUUACGCGACAUAACCAAUAAAACACCACAGCUUAAGACAGUUAUCACGGCUCAGCAGGCGAGAACACCGUUAGGGGACAUAACUAAUAAAACACCACGGCUUAAGACAGUCAGGCUUAAUAAAGAUGGAUAUAGUGACACACCAGCAGUUACAAAGCAACCAAACAAUUCAAAAGGCACGAAAAACACAUUAAAAAAUAAAGUUGAAACUAGAACAGUCGACCUUAAUGAAAUAAAAUUGGAAGAAAGAAAUAAAAUUAAGCAUAUAGAAAAAGAAAUCGAUGAACUAAAAGAGGAAGACGACGUUCCCGAAAUAGAAUAUUGUCCAUCGCCAAUUAAAGAACUACCGUACGAACCAUUGGAUGAAGACCUUAAAUUUGGUUGGGAAGCAUUACGACACCCGUCCAGUAUUACUACGUACGAGUUUGAAAAUAUAAAAUAUGAUGAACUACCAUUUCCAGAGAUUGAACCAGAUGAUUAUCGGACCAGGAAGGUCAUUGAUGAUUAUGAACUGUACGGAUUUGAUAAAGUCAUAUUCACCGAUUAUGAACUAGGAGAUGAAAGUACCAAUGAAUAUGAGACUUUUCAAUUUAAAAGAGCCAUAAUUAGUCGUAAAUAA